CCUGCCGGCUCCUGAUUGUCCUUUGCGGCGGCCGCAGUCGCUACCUCCUUGCCUCCGAAGCUAGGGCUGCAGGGGCCACAGCGAGCGCUCUUCCCGCGGGCCACGGCUGCUCAGAGCAGAAACGGCCUGUGUGAUAAUACUUGGUUGACAGAGUGGCUGCAGGCCGUUGAGCUGGAAUUCCCUGCGGCUUUUCUGAGCAGAGUGUUUGGAGUGCGGUGUCCAGACUGCAGCCUGCAUCAUGCCAGCUUUGUCAACGGGAUCUGGUAGUGACACAGGUCUCUAUGAGCUAUUGGCUGCUCUGCCAGCCCAGCUGCAGCCACAUGUGGAUAGCCAGGAAGACCUAACCUUCCUCUGGGAUAUGUUUGGUGAAAAAAGCCUGCAUUCACUGGUGAAGAUUCAUGAAAAACUUCACUACUAUGAGAAGCAGAAUCCCGUGCCCAUCCUCCAUGGCGCGGCAGCCUUGGCUGAUGAUCUGGCCGAAGAGCUUCAGAACAAGCCAUUAAACAGUGAGAUCAGAGAGCUGUUGAAACUGCUGUCAAAACCCAAUGUGAAGGCAUUGCUCUCUGUACAUGAUACCGUGGCUCAGAAGAAUUAUGAUCCUGUAUUGCCUCCUAUGCCUGAUGAUAUUGAUGAUGAGGAAGACUCAGUAAAAAUCAUCCGCCUUGUCAAAAAUAGAGAACCACUGGGAGCCACCAUUAAGAAACAUGAGCAGACUGGGGCCAUCAUUGUGGCUAGAAUCAUGAGAGGAGGGGCCGCGGACAGAAGCGGUCUUAUUCACGUUGGCGAUGAACUUAGGGAAGUGAAUGGGAUACCAGUUGAGGAUAAAAAGCCUGAGGAAAUCAUUCAGAUUUUGGCUCAGUCGCAGGGAGCAAUUACAUUUAAGAUCAUACCCAGCAUCAAAGAAGAGACACCAUCUAAAGAAGGCAAGAUGUUUAUCAAAGCCCUCUUUGACUAUGACCCUAAUGAGGAUAAAGCAAUUCCAUGUAAGGAAGCUGGGCUUUCUUUCAAAAAGGGAGAUAUUCUUCAGAUUAUGAGCCAAGAUGAUGCAACAUGGUGGCAAGCGAAGCAUGAAGGUGAUGCCAAUCCCAGAGCAGGCUUGAUUCCUUCAAAGCACUUCCAGGAAAGGAGAUUGGCUCUGAGACGACCAGAAAUAAUAGUUCAGCCUCUGAAAGUUUCCAACAGGAAAUCAUCUGGUUUCAGAAGAAGUUUCCGUCUCAGUAGGAAAGAUAAGAAAACAAAUAAAUCCAUGUACGAAUGCAAGAAGAGCGAUCAGUAUGACACAGCUGAUGUACCCACAUAUGAGGAAGUGACACCCUAUCGGCGACAAACCAAUGAGAAAUACAGACUUGUCGUCUUGGUUGGUCCUGUAGGAGUAGGUUUGAAUGAACUGAAACGAAAGCUGCUGAUCAGUGACACACAGCACUAUGGUGUGACAGUGCCGCACACCACCAGAGCAAGACGAAGCCAGGAGAGUGAUGGUGUUGAAUAUAUUUUCAUUUCCAAGCAUUUGUUUGAGACAGAUGUACAAAACAACAAGUUUAUUGAAUAUGGUGAAUACAAAAACAACUACUACGGCACAAGUAUAGACUCAGUUCGGUCCGUCCUAGCUAAAAACAAAGUUUGUUUGCUGGAUGUUCAGCCUCAUACAGUGAAGCAUUUGCGGACACUAGAAUUUAAGCCCUAUGUGAUAUUUAUAAAGCCUCCAUCAAUAGAGCGUUUGAGGGAGACAAGAAAAAAUGCAAAGAUUAUUUCAAGCAGAGAUGACCAAGGUGCUGCAAAGCCCUUUACAGAAGAAGACUUUCAAGAAAUGAUUAAAUCAGCACAAGUAAUGGAAAGCCAAUAUGGUCAUCUCUUUGACAAAAUUAUAGUAAAUGAUGAUCUCACCGUGGCAUUCAAAGAGCUAAAAACAACUUUUGACAAAUUAGAGACAGAGACCCACUGGGUCCCAGUGAGCUGGUUACAUUCAUAACUAAGAGAAAUUUCCAUAAUCAUUUUUUUUGUAGAGUGCAUGAUUGAAUCAGUUACCAUUUUGGUGGUAGGGUUUUUUAAAAAUCUGUAUCAUUGUCAUAGAUGUGCAAUCUUGGUUAAAAUUGAAUGUUGGUUCUGUUUGUAUCUUUUUUAAAAAUAGCCUUAUUUCAAACAAUGUUUGAGUGUAAGAUCCAAAAUCAAAAUUUGCACAGUAGUGUAUUCCAAGCAAAGCUUUAAACUUUCUGGAUGUUUUUAAUAUGUAGCUCUAAGAUGCGGUUGAACUUUUUUAGAGAGACAUAGCUAGAGAAUAUAUGCGAGAGUUCAGUGCUUCAGACUGCCAUCAAGUCUGCAUGUUCGCAGAUGAAGGUAUCAGCAGCCUCGUGCAGGCUCCAGACAGGACAGCUCUGCCGUUCUUUGAGUGGAUCACCAUAGAUUCACCUGGGCUGCCAGUAAGGAGGAGUCCCCUUUCUAUUCUAAAGGUGCAACCUUUUUCUUGUAAGUCCUCACUGAAUGUGGUUGAUGGUAUUUAACAAUGUAUAAUGAAACCAAUGUUAUCACAGGCUAGUCGAUAUAAACAUGAGUUAAGUUCCUGUGGCAUCUCAUCGUUACAACAAAAGUUACAUUGAACUUUUAUUCGAGGACCUGCUGUAUGUUCACAGUGUGUGCAUUCGAAAGUCAUUCUUGAAGAAAUUACUGAAAACUUGCCUUAGUGGCCCUCGUGUUAUAGUUUGAGAAGGCCUUAUGAGUACAUAUCAGUGACUCAACCAAUAUUUAAUAAGGGAAGAUAGACAUAUAAAAUAUAUAUAACUAAAAACUUUUCCUUGUGGCAUUAAUCUUAGAAUGGUGUUAUCUUGGGGUAAGAAAUGAUUACAAAGGACUUUUUUUUAUUUGUAUAUCCUCAGACCGCAUUACUGGAGUCACCAAAAAAGCUUUUUUAGCUGGCUUUGGAUUUUGCCCAUAAAUUAAAAGAAUGUGAUUCUUAUUCUAAAAGUAGAGGUCUUACAUGUUACUGAUUCAGUUAAAGGCAAAUUUUCAAAAUGCACAGUUGAUCACCAUAUAUUUAAAUUGCACUAAGAUGUAUUUUAGAAAAAUUUUCAUGUAAUGUUAGCAUCCUUCAUCAUCAAAAUAAUCCUUAACACUGGCCAGAUGCCAUUCUAAUCUUAUGAUGUAAACAUUUAGAUGGGAUCUCUCAUUUUCCUUUGAUACUACUGAUCUUCAGCAAGUAAUUAGCUCAAAAUACUAGAAUGUCCAUAAGACAAUGUGUCCUGCCAUUCAAAAAUCAUUGCAUCUAUGACUUUCAAACAGAAAAAUAUUAUUUUUUGAUUUGUAGAGUUUAGAUGUCAUGUUUAAAGAAAAAUAGAAUGUAGUGAAAUUUUAUAUAUUUAUGAACUAUUUGAAAAGCAUAUUUUUUUAUCAAAUGGGGCUCUUCAUAAAAUUGUAUAGAUGGCAUAAUUUAAAGUAGUAAUUUUAUAAGUCAGGGUCAACAUUCCAUGUAAAUAUUUGACCUUUAUUUGUACACAGAUCCACUACUGUGUUAUAUGUGCACUGCACAUUGGAUAUUAUCCACUGGAUUUGCUUCAGACAUGUCAAAUUUCAUAUUAGAAAGACAAAAAUGGCAAUGGCCUUGAUACACACUCACACCAAAAUACUUAAUCAGACUAAAUGUUAACAUAAUCCAAACAUUGAGUUCUAAGUUUAUGAACUAAAUAGCAAGCAAUACAGUUUUUUAAAAAGGUGGGGUAGGUUGCCAAAUCUGCCACUAGAGCCAUACUUUAUAGUUGUGUGGCUGGUCUACAAAAACAUAAGUCUUACGUAGAUGGUUUGGGUAGAAUGUUCUCUGUGUUACUGAAUGAAAUUUCCUAUAAAUCAAGAUUUCCUAUACAGAGAGUAAUGGGAAAUGUAUCAUUUAGGCCGUCUAAAUUGUUUUGUUCUGAAAUAUCUACUAGGAUUAUUUUUUUCAUCUGCAGAUAAUGCCUCAGUUCUUUACUAUGGAGGUAAAGAUGGUGUAAGGUGGCAGAAACUGAGUCCUUUUUCUUAGUGAUGGAGGUCUUACAAAAAUAACUGUCCAGACUUUCUCCCCCUUUAGACGAGAGCGGAGCAAUAUUUUGAAAAUAAUGAAAAGGGGCACUUUGAGAAAUACUUUAUCAGGUAGUAUGCAUGGUCUUGCAAGUGACAUUUAGAUGGCUGUCUUGAUGCUUACAGAGAGAUUUGGUUAGUUUAAUAAGGCAGGCCAACUCCAAGGGCUGGUUGACAACUAUAGCUAAAAGCCCUUGAUUGAUUCUGUAUUUUCUGCAUCCCCAACCUCCUUCUCCAGGAAGGAGACCAGCACCGUGUACUGUACUGUACUGUUCUUUGAGUAGCCGUCUACUAAAACCGUGCUAGCCACUAUUUGAGAGAAGAGGAAUGUUUACUUAAGUGUAUAUAUUUAAAAUCCAAGAUCAAAAAAAUUCUAUGUUCCCAUGAUUAAUAAAUUAGAAUUGGUUAAAAAUAAAAAGGUGAAAUUGAAAGAAUUUUUUACCAUUAUUAUACCUGUCAAUAUCGAUGUUGUUAAGGCUGACAUUCCUGGUAUUAUAUAAUGGUUGGAUGUAUCUAAAUUUUAAUAAUUUAAAUUGACAAACGUGGAAACUUCUCAGAUUUACAAAACUAUGUUAAAAGCUUCCCGAAGAUAUAGAUUUUUAUUAUUUAUUCUUUUUGAUUAGUAAGGAUUUAUAAAUGUAACAGAAAACCUUUGGUCUUAAUAAAGUAUCUUCAAAACA